AUGAGCUCGGUCAGGCUUAAGAAUGAAAAUUCUCGAUCUAAAGCCGGCGUGCUAAUCAAAUCGAGAGGAAUUGAUCUGGUUGUCAAAGAAUUCAAUGGUGGAAUUGUUGAGUACCGAGUCAAGCGGGAACCAAUCACGAGUAUCCAAGUGAGGGAUGGAGUAAUCGGGGCUGCCGUAGCUUUUCUCGCAGAGCAUCCCGAUACUUUCUGCCCCUCGCUGGGAUAUGAUAUAGUUAUCAACGAAGGGCUUUGUGGUUGGAACGUGCGCCGGUAUCUCGCGGUACUAUCUGCGGGCGAGUCCCGGCUGCACGUCGUGUUUCAGAACAUUGACCCCCCAUUUCCGGUGUUAAAAGAAGUGUACCACGGGUUGCGCGAAACUUUGUUUGACGAAUGGGAUGAGGAAGAAGGACCAACUCAAGUUAACCAAGGAAAAGACCUAGGUGGAUUUUCGAAAAAGGGGUUGUCCUCAUUCGCAUUUGCACCACCCCAGCAACCUUCUUCACUCACCCCUCGGAUAGUAACCGUAUCUCGUGAUGGCGGUCUGAUAUCUCAGCUGUUCUCAAGUCCGAUCUUCAAGCAUGGAGCAUGUAACUCUAAAGAUGAAACCAUCGAGAUACAUACUAGCUGGAACACUGAAGGUGAAUGGAUUAUUCCGGAGCCGUGGGAAGUUGGUGAUGAACAGCCGGAACCCACGACUGGUGAUGCUCUCGGACUGGCUCCGACUUUAUCAAUUAUCAAUGAGAGGUCCGGACGUGCUCUGGAUAGACAAAGUGUUCCUUCUGUGAAGAAAACGGCUGCCUCGAGGAGUUCUUCUGCUGCACCCUCUGGAAGAUCAUACAGUCCUGCCGCCUUGCGACGUAUUCCCUUAGGAAAACACCGUAGAAUUAGAUCCGCCUCGCCACUACCACUAGAUCCCGAAUCCGGUACCGAUAAUAACGAUACCUCCGCUGUGAUUGGAAACGAUAGUCUAGGUAUCUCGCCAGCAAUCUCAGAGUCACAUUGGAAAGGCACCUCUGCAGACCCACAAACUCUUAAGAAAGGCAGCAGAAUAGAAUUGGCCUUGAGAGAAGAUAUAACCAUGGUCAUGAGGCGCCGAGCAAUCAAAGGCUAUGGAAUUAAAAAUUUUUCGCGAAACGCGGACAUCAUUAGCGAAACCCAACCAAGCGGGUCCAACCUUGUCUAUAUGUGGCGAUGGCUGGAAGCCUCGCGCGAAAUACUUUCUGCUGGCGCUUCGAGCCGAAUCAAUGGCCUUGAAUUCAAGUACCAAGGCGUACUGGGAAUCUGGGAGGGUUUCUCCCCCGCGGCUGGAACUCAUGCCUCUAAUCAAAAUCACACCAGUGCUGUAGACUCGCCGACCUACUCUCCACUUCUGGGGGCUCCCAUUCCUCCAGCUCAUUCUAGCCCGGCCCUAGGAUACAACGCCAACUUGGGACUUAGUCGACCACCCUCCCAGCGCGGUGGGAAACGAGGUGAACGACAUAGAUCCCCGCAGCGCGACAACUACGAUGCUGCGAUAAGUAUAUUAAAUAUGCGGCGUGACUCCUUGGCGGACAACGGAGGGGAAAAUGGUGCCGCGUUUAUGGGCACUGACUCCCGAGAGUUAGGAUCCAAACGCCGGUUUGGUCGACUAGGAAGAAGGCGAGUGGCCCUCGCACUAUGUGGCUGGGACAUCAGCAACACCGAAGUGAGGGCGGACAUCGCACGGUGGCUCAAGGAAGGCAAAUGCACAAAAGCCGCGUGCUGGGCAGUCUUCUUAAACGACUUUAAAUUGGCUGUUGAAGCCCUGAUGCAUAGCUCCGAUGAGAUGCACCGGAUUAUUUCAGGGAUUGUUGUUGCUGCCGAGACCGAGCCAGACAAGCGUCUGAAAGGGACUUGGCGAGAACAUUGUCAGAAACUUGGUAGCCGCUUAGAGGACCCCUAUCUCCGUAUUAUGAUGGCUCACUUAGCGUUUGACGACUGGAUAGCUGUAGUAGAAGAGGUCGCUAUUCCUCUUCGUGACCGACUGAAUAUUGCAUUGAGAUUUCUGGACGAUGGUCAGCUCGGUCAAUUCUUUCAAAGCGUGAAAAAGGAACUCGAAAGAUCGGGCGACUUGGAAGCGCUUUUGUUCACUGGACUUACUGUUUCAGGCCUGCGCGUACUGCAGCGUUAUGUGGACAAUACCGGAGAUGUUCAAACUGCAGCUAUUCUCUCGGCUCUAGUAUGCCCAGGAAUGCUCCAAGAUGAGCGGUCGGAGAGAUGGGUAUCCGUAUAUCAGGAUCUGCUCGACGGUUGGAGGAUGUUCCAUCAACGCUGUCAAUUCGACAUAGAAAAGGGAGAAAUUCUCCGCGAACUGGUCCUGAAUGGUGAUAGGGAGCCUUUUGAGUGGGUCCCGCGCCAACUUGCCAUGAGGUGCAAUUUCUGUGAUAAGAUCGUCAGCGCUACUGGCCCAACAGACUUUGGGAAGAGUAUGUCCGCAGGGUUGCCAACUGCUUAUGAUCGAACUAAGUUAAACUUCUGUCCUCACUGUCGGAACGCACUACCAAGGUGCGAAGUAUGCCUCAUGUCACUUAGUGGCCCGCUUUGCGACUUUUUGCGAGAUUCGGAACUCUCACAUAUGGAUUCGACACAUGAUACAUUCGACGAUGCGCUAGUAUUUUGUCAGACUUGUCGCCAUGGUGGCCACGCUGUGCACAUUAUGGAGUGGUUUUUUGGCAACGAGGAAAGUGAAACACUAGGUCACAGGGAAUGUCCUGUUGCCGAUUGCACCUGCAAUUGUGCCUUGGAGUUUGGACACGAAGAUGUAGCUGAUGUGUGA